AUGGACUUUUUGCUCGACGCUUUCAAAACUCUCCUACAUCGAUACCUCGGCCACCAACUUACGGGGGUGACGAGUUCCGAAAAGAGGGCACUGGAAAAACACCUCGCUAAGAGUUCAGAAAGAUGCUCAUUAGCCAUUGUUAACUACAAUGUGCUCGAAGAGGAUUUCGAGAAUUUACACGGUAUAGGCACUGGGCCAUGGCUCGUGCCGAAAAUCUGCGAAACUUAUGGAUUCAAUGAUUUGCACAAGAUCGACAAAAGUUGGCCUCUUCGCCGGGGUGUGAAACGGAAAAAAGGUUACAAAGGGACUGGCGAGUUCCUUAUAUGGGGUUCUGUCCCUGGCGAUCCUGUCACCGUACUAGCUUAUGAGGAAGCCGUACGUCUAAUGGACGAGAUGAAAUCUCUGUCCAGUGUCAACUACGCGUCUGGGGUAGCUGUUAGCCGAUGCCUGAACAAUGUUCCGCCUAAAUACAAAGCAGUGGUGGCGCGUAAACUUCUCCAUGCCUAUCGAAUUCCCGGGUAUGCGAAAGACCGUCAUUUCGAAUCAUUCGUGCGCGGAAUCUACGGCGACCCUCCCAAUUCCAGCGACUUGGACGCACGUCUCGACGAAAUUAAUCUGGGUCAUGUUCUCAAUGGCUCAAGCAGCGCAAAACCUGUUAAGUCACUUAGAUCUAUGCGGAACGCAAAGAAGGUACGCAUGCCAGUUGCCAUACCCGCGAAGCACCGACAACCAGCACCUUCCCCUAUUCCAGGUGAAGAUAUCCAGUCUCUUCUGGAUACUCAACUAGCCGAGAUGGGGUCGGAGUUUGGCGUAACUGCAGAGCUCUUUGAUAGCUCUACAUCUCCUUGGAGCGGCACUACAGGACCAAACCUCGGAAGGCAAAAGGCGCCUGAAUACGAUUCUGACCAUGGCAUAAAUUGGCACUCCGAUCCAGGGAGAUUUAACACCAACAGCUCUGUAAAGGAGAAAAAAGAAGCGAUGAAUAUAUUCGAUGGCAUUAGUGAAACUCAAACUCAUGAACAUAUCGCGCAAGCUAACAACCAUGAAAUUGAUGCUUUCUCCAGGGAGCUAUUGGCAUAUGCGGCAAUUCCCACACCAUCUCCGCCACCUGACCUCACCGAGAAGCAAGGAAAGGGGCAGGAAGCCACGAGUGAUGAGACCGCAGAAUUCGAUUCGGUAAACAAGAUAGAUGGACAAUUUACCGAAACGGAGCAAGAGUCUCUCCCGAACCAGCGUUCGACAGCAUCUCACCCAGAGAUUACAUCGUCUUCAUCGUCAAUUGUUAUCGACUUAACGUCCGAAGAGACUAAUCAGCAUCAUACGUCAGAAAAGGUCACGGUGGUUAAAGAUAUCCGAAGAUUCAAGGCGAAGGAACUUCAGCAGAGACGCAAAAUCACCAAAAUACAAGCAACGUCGACGUCGACUCUCAGAAAAGUCGGCAUACAGGUCGCCAAUUCCCAGAGAGCUCAUUCUGAUUCUACAACUGCGCAAGUCGAUGCCUCCAUACCCAACAACCGAGCCAAAGAAAGAAACAACGAGUGUGACGAUGAUGAGAUUCGAAUCAUUGCAGAAAGGAGUCACCAUCACCGACGACAUAUCCGAAGAACCACUAGAACUAAAACCAGAACGGUAAUUACGAUUCGCAGUCGGAGCGUGAGUGAGGGUGUCGUUUUCAAUCGGCGAUGA